AUGACUAUAGACCACAGUAUAGGCAUGAGAAUAGCCUACGAGCAAGCAUUAAAAUCAUAUAACGAAGGAGGAAUACCCAUCGGUGGAUGUCUCAUAAGAAAAUCAGAUGGAACUAUCUUAUCUCAAGGACAUAAUGAAAGAGUUCAAAAACAAAGUGCUACAUUACAUGGAGAAAUCAGUGUUUUAGAAAAAGCAGGAAGAUUACCAGCUAGUAUUUAUCAAGAUUGUGUGUUAUAUACUACUUUAUCACCUUGUCAAAUGUGUUCAGGUAGUGUUUUGUUGUAUAAGAUUCCAACUGUUGUUAGUGGUGAAAAUGAAAAUUUUAAAGGACCUGAAGAGUAUUUGAAAUCUAAUGGAGUUGAGUUUAUUAAUUUAGAGGAUGAGAAAUGUAAAGAGUUGAUGAGUAAGUUUAUAAAGGAAAAACCUGAGGUUUGGUUUGAAGAUAUUGGUGUAUAA